UUACAACCACUGCCUCGCAUUCAACAACAUUUGACGGAGAAUAUUAAUGAAAGGAGGAAGUCAGGUAUCACCAAAGCAGUUUACCUUACAGAUUUGUAUGCUAACGCAAAGCAUGAAGGAAUAGGUGGAGAGAACAAGAAACUUCAAGAUGAAAAGGAAGAGGCGCCUCCUGACUUGACAGCAACGAUGCAGAGCCCCUCUGCAUCGAUGAAGUCAAACACAAAACCUGAGAUUCUCUUUCUUAACAGUGGUGAUGGAAAGGAAGAUGUCAAAAUCGAACCUACUUCCAAUGAACCGGAGCGAGCUGGAAUUCCUUCAGGUGGUCCUAACCGUAAAGCCAAUCACGAUCCUUUUGUUAUUGCACAUUUCCCUUAUCUGACUUCCAAUUGCUACAAACUGAACUUAAAGCGCUGCGAUGAAGAGUUUGCAGGAACGACUCUCUCUCCCGAUAGCAGAUCGGGCAUCUUUGGACUCCAGAUUCAGAGAUCACACAUGAAUAACUUUGUUGAUGGCCUCGAUGGCAAACGCGCUGGAGGUCACAACAGUUCUCAUAGCUCCUAG